AUGGAGCUUCGGAUGGAUGAGGAGCCAGAGAUCGUGCGCCCUAGUUCAGAAGAUCCUUCAUUGUUGACGCGACAACGAAAUCAUCGAUCAAAGGACAUUUGGAAUGGCGAGGACCUUGGCCCACUUACGUGCUGUGGUCAUGCUAAGGAGAUGUCAAACAUAACGAUGCAAGAUAAUCAGGUGAUUGACAUUAUUAAGUUGGUGGGGCUAGAAGGAUUGUUUAGGGCCCCUUCCAAAGAGAUAGGUCAUUGCCUAAUAUCGGCCUUAGUUGAGCGAUGGCAGCCAAAGACUCAUACGUUCCAUCUUCCACAUGGUGAGAUGUCAAUCACCCUAGAAGAUGUGGAGGUCAUUUUCAAACUUCCUAUAGACGGUGAGGUCUUGGUUGGGCCGAUUGUUGUGGUGGAUGGGAAUUGGAGGCAAAUGUGCAAGGAGUUUCUUGGUUUUGGAGUUCCAGCGAAUGACAACAAAAUUUUGGUGGGCCGAAGAAUUCUCAUCAGUCGCCUUGUUGAGUGCAUUGCAGAGCCAUUACCUCAUAACGCAACGGAGAUUCAGAUACAUCAAUAUGCCCGAUGCUAUAUUUUAGCGCUACUAGGGGAUAAGAUUUUCAUGGACAAGUUGGGAGAUAGGGUGCAUUUGAUGUUCUUGGAGUUCCUGCUGAACCUUCGUGAUCCGCCACAAUAUAGUUAG